ACGGCGGCGCUCGGUUACGCGCCCGGGGACGAGGUGCGGCUGAUGAUGGCCGUGAACGCGCGCGGCCGGCGCACGGACGCGUUCGGCGGCGAAAUACCCUCCGGCUACUACGGCAACGCGUUCGUCUUCGUGGUGGCGCGCUGCGCCGCCGGGGAGCUGUGCGGCCGUGGCCUGGGCUACGCGGUGGAGCUGAUCAGGGAGGCCAAGGCGAGGGUGACGUACGAGUACAUGCGGUCGGUGGCUGACCUGAUGGUGCUGGAGGGCCGUCCCGUGAUCGCGAGGACGCGCUCCUUCGGCGUGUCGGACGUGAGCCAUGCCGGAUUCGACGAGGCCGAGUUCGGGUGGGGAAAGCCCGUCUACGCCGGCGUCAUCGCGGACGCCCACCGCGGCGGCGCCAGCUUCCUGAUGCGGGGCAAGAACGACGGGGGAGAGGACGAGACGUUCGUCGGCAUCUACCUCCCGGGAGGCUGCACGGCAAGGUAUCGGAUGGAGGUGGAGGCACUCACCACCGCAAAGAAUUUGGAAGAAGCGUCUUCAGCUCCGCUUGCCUUGCGUGCCCGCUACUAAUUUAAUCGAGGUGAACGCCGGCCAUCACACACAGCAGAUUCCAGCUCUCUCCGCACCGGCAAGAUAUGUUUUCGGUGCAUGCGAACAACAUCAUGGAUUUUCAUUUUCUUUAGAGUGCGCCAACGGCGUACCAUAGCUUAUGAAUUUUUCAUAUUCACCAACUUAACUGAUGGAUAAUGCUAACAGGUACUUACACGGAAUUACAUCAUGAGGCUGAAGAAGCAAAGUACUCCCUCCAUUGCACAAUGUAAUGCACCCGCGUUUUCUGAGAUUUAAGUUUGACCGUAAAUUUAACUAUCGAGACCGGCUGCAGCAAGGGCAAAUAUUAUACCACUGAAUUAGUAUUUUCAAUCUGAAUUCAAUGAUAUAAUUUGUGUCCCCGCCUCAGUCGGUCUUGUAGGUUUAAUUUACAGUCAAACUUGGACAUUGGAAAGCACGGGCGCACUACAUUGUGGAAUGGAGGAAAUAUAGCGACCAUCAUCUAAAGCAAAAUCAUUUCUUUAGACAAUAAAUCUGAAUCAUAUAUAACGGGUUAAACUGUGUAUUGCUUCUCUUUUAUCCCAUUUAGAUACGAUUAACUUGACACAAAAGCAGGAUGUGUUUCGUUGCAAUCUCACUACAUCAAAAUUCUUCACAGUUGACUCUAUACCAUGUACUCUCGCAU